CGACGGCCGGGGCAGCAUUCCAGUAGUUCGCCCCAACGCCGCGCGGCGCUUGCCUGUUCUGUCCGCGACCCACGCUCCUGUACAAAGAACGCCUGACUAUUGUAAAAAAUCUGUGAUGUAUUGAUUAAUUCCAACGUUUUCCAAACACAAAAUCCGUCACCGGACCGAAACGUACGCGUUCCGAACUCAACUAACAACGUUUUAAGUGACUAUUCCUACCCCUCGAACGGGCCACGUCCCAUGAAAUUCCACAUUUAUCGAUGAAUAGAAUCUAGUGUGUAGACCGAACAUGGUGGACUCUCUACGGUGCGAUGAGUGAAAUGGUUCGUGUUGUGGUGUGAAACGGCCGUUUUAUAAUGUGUCCCGUCGGAAAUAAAGUUUGUGACUGAAUAUGGAUUGGUAUGCGAACACGAAAGCAUAGAAAAAGUGCGGCUCGCGUCUCGGAUCGGAUAAUGAGAGUUCGUGAACGAUAAACAUACAGAAUGGUGUCCCUCGCUCACUUCGGAAUGCGACAAGCGCCCUGGACCUUGCUGGUGCUCAUUUUCUUCAUCGAAAGCGUGAUGGGAAACUACGCCAAGUCCUUCUACAUCCACUGGAACACUACAAACAGUAUAUUCAGAAUAGACAACACUGAUCACGUAUUUGAUUUGAAUAAAGGCAACGCACAGUUUGAGUACGAUCAGGUGAACAUAAUAUGUCCAGUGUACGCUCCGGGCACUUACGACGAGGACACGGAGAAAUAUAUAAUCUACAACGUAAGCAAAGAGGAGUACGAUACCUGUAGGAUAACGAACCCGAAUCCUCGCAUCAUAGCGAUAUGCGACAAGCCGCACAAACUGAUGUUCUUCACCAUCACCUUUAGACCGUUCACGCCUCAGCCCGGUGGGUUGGAGUUCCUGCCGGGGAAGGAUUACUAUUUUAUAUCCACGUCGAGUAAAGACGACCUGCACAGACGCAUCGGCGGGCGCUGUUUGAGUAACAACAUGAAGCUGGUGUUUCGCGUGUGUUGCAAGCCUGAGGACCAGUCGCCGGCGCCGGUACCUCAGCCGACGCCCCCGCCGCCGCCCCCUCCGCCGACCACCCAGACCACCACGACGUCGACGACAACAGUGAAGCCGGUGACCAAAAAGACGCACAAGUACGAUAAGACGCCCAACGAGGUUGUGAAGAGCGAGGAGCUGUCGUACUCGCGCGGGGCGGCGCUGGCGUCGUCGCUGGCGCUGGCUCUCGCUGCGACGGCGGUGCUGGCGCCGCUGGCUCGGUGAAUGUGCGCCAAGGCGGCGAGGCCCCCGCGUCCCGACCUGCUAGCGAAGCCUUGUUCGGCCCACACAACACAGACUCUACAGUCCCUACAGUCCCUGAACUACCCAGACUCUCUAGUCUUUACGUGAAUCUGUGUGCUAAAACGCUAAAACUAUGUGUUGGACUAAUGAUAAUAAUGAAACUCUAGUGCUUAAUGAUGUUCUAUGGAAUGUUGUGGAGUUGUGUGCCCAGUGGAUUACGAUUUCGGAUGUUUUUUGUAAGUAAGUAGUGAGUGCGGUGGUCCGGUGUGGAUUUGUCAAGAUUGGUGCCGAAAAGGAUUUCACUGACUGGUUUUUUUAGAGUUGUGCAAAAUUCCUAGUUAUUUCCAGAAAGUUCCGAUGACAAAUUUUUUAGUCUGUAAGGGAACUCUAUGUGAGCCUAAUUUUACUAUUGUAACUAAAGUAUAUCUGGCCUACUGAAUAAUCGAACUAUUAUUAUUAUACAAGAAGAUCGGAUAGCAGACGCUGCGACUGUAGUUACGAAGUCAUUAAAAUAUACAUAUAUAUAUAAAUAUAAAAAAACGUUAACAUGUAUAAUGGUAAUAUAGGUUUCUUAAACCAUUAGGAAUUAAAUUUUUUAUAUUUUCACUAAUGCAAUGAAGGAUAUUUGAUUAAGAAUUAGGAUUCAAAUACUGAAAUAGAAGAAAUCUUAUAUAGAACGAAGUUAGAUAGAUAUUAUUUUAGUUCAAAAGACAUUUUCGUUUUAAUUUUCCAUUCGACCUAACGCUUAGAAUUUAUUUAUACGAAAAAAAACUGUGACAAGUUGAGAAUCUUGUCCAAACACACUGUGAUUUUGGUUUUAUUUAGGGUGUAAUUUUCCUCUAUGCUUUCAUUAUGUGAUAUAAAAUUUAUUUGUAUUUAAAAGGUAAUGCAUUUAAUCUCAUAAUAUUAUUUUAUUCUUGACUGAUUUGACGCUUCCUCUUAAUUAUUAUUUUACGCAAGCAUUUUAUGAAUUUUAAGAAUAUCACAGCUUACAGUGACUUUUGGUCAUGAACAAACUGUAUUUGAGCUUUUGCUCAAAACUGGCAUAAACACCUCAGAUCUAGCCUUUUACUUAAUUUAUAUUAAGCUAAACAUCUUAAUUACUAAACAAUCACAUUAAGUGAUGUAUUUACACUUGAAACUAGAACAUCAACAGUCGUACAGGAUUAGCUAAUGGACUAAACGAACAAAGUGUACUGCCUAUAAGUAUCCGCCCAGAACAAAAUUGGCUGCAAAUGUUUAAAGAAAUUUAGAUGUAAUUUUACAUUUUCGAAUUCAAUAUUUAGACAAAUGCCAAUUAUGUUCACACUCUCUCAUUAUAAUCCAUAAAAAUGAGGUAUUUAAAUAACAGGUCUCAAUUAUAGUCAGCUUUUAUACAUCACAAUCUUACGAAAAUUUGUUUAUUUUUUUCGUAUUACAAGCGAUUUUUAAUGGUAUCUGUUGAUUAUUAUUUUGAUUGUACUCAAAACUAAAUGAAGAUGACUGAUAUUAUGCUACUGUCACGUAAAGAGUAAUGGUAGAUUAUGUUUAAGUUUUGUGUGCAACCGAAUUAACAAUAUUCUCAUUUUCCACUCAAUCUGUGCUUUGUUUUUGUGCAGGGAUUAGAAUUCUUGGCUUUCUGGUUUCAAUGUGUAAACAUCCCACCAAGCACGGACGUGCCAUGUGAGAAAUAUGUGAAACAACAACAGUUCACGUUACGAAAUAGUCAAAUAGUUAAAUAGUAGUUGAAAUAGACCGGUUUUCAGUUAGACAUACGCAUUUAGUGGCAGUCGGUAUAUUUUUAAAAUAGUGCUUAAGAAAACAUUUGAGUUUAACACUGCACUCUUCAGAAAUCAGUGACUGUUCUUGAGAAUAGCUGACCAUUCAAUUGUCAGUUUUUUUUAUUCCAUUGCGCAGGUAACACGAACUUAUAAAUGAAGUAUUGAACAAGUAUGUGCCGUCAGUUAUAUUUUAGGCGGAUCAUCCUAAAAUGAUCUAUAAAGUUUCUUAAAGCUGUGCCAAUAUAACAAUCCAAUGUUGAAUAAUUGUGAAAAAUUUAUAUAUAUCACAAAAUAAAACUCUCAUUUACGCAACAGUAAGUGAAAUGAUAAUAUUAUCUCUUGAUUAUUAUUUACGUAUAAGUUCAAGAGUUAAUGGAAAGCGUAGCUAAUUAGCAGAAACAAGUCUCUACGCAAGGGGAUUAAUCGUUGAAUUCAUUUUCUAAAAUGCCGGUAAUGACCUAACCUUGCAGACAAAAGACAAGUCAAGAGACAUUAUGGAAAUGAAUUCCACUUUUAAAAAUAGAUACUUAAUGAGUCGUUUACCCCAGAACGAGAAACGGACGAACUAAAUGGACGAUGUUACAAUUGAAGAUUUUUAACGUUACACGCAUCACGUGUCGUAAAUUUACCGAAAUGAGAUAAUUACAUAAAGAACACACGUUGGAAAAUGAAAAAGACAGAUCAUAAACAAACGAAAACAUGUUAGCUGGAAACGACUGUAGGCUAAUGCAUUGUUUUCUAAACAACGGAUUUUAAAAAUAUAACAUUUUAUCUCUGGUACCUAUUAAGUUUGGUGUUAGUUCACUGCCAUAUGCUGAGUGCGUCUAUUUUUAUUAAAACUAAACAGUUUGGAUAUGCUUAAGCGUUUCGUGGUACAGACGGUGUUUAAUGCUGUCUUUUGGUUAUUUUAAGAUUACGACCCUGAAGGGAUUGUGAAGGGAUAAUCAGCCUAACCUGUUUGUAAUAACUUUGGAACGUGUUUCCUUACUUGCUCGCCAGGCGGAGAUUAAAAUAAUAUACAACGUGCGUGAAAUGUAACGAUUAGUUUAUAACAUGUUUAAUGUUGGAAAUGCAGAUGGAAUGUGUAAAAGGAUAUAAUUAUUCCCGACCAUAACGGCAUGCGUUAGUCUGAAUCAGCAAAGCCAUCUGUAUAAUAAAAAAGCAUAAUUUUAAUUUGUACCAUACUGGCAACUAUAUGAAUCGAAUAACUAAGUCAUUGGGACGUUAAUAUAAAAGAGGGUAAUAAAUUUCUGUCACUAAUAAAUACGUGAGAAAUGGUACGGAUCUGAUUUAUACAAAAAUUUUUUAAACAAGACAAUAUAAAAGUCGGGAGUUAUAAUUCAAAAGAUGUUACAUCACCGAGAAAUCCCGUACCAGUAAACACAUGCGACAUCAAAGAAUGUCACAGAAUUAAUUGAUGACAUCACAUUAGUCUAACCACAGUCUAUGAGUGCGUGAGCAUUAUUUUUAAUCACAUCUUGGCAUAAGUAUUUGUAAGCCAUUCCAAUAUUUCCGAGAAAGAUGAGUUGUGAGACAAAACUGUUUGACAAAAACACCUGGACAAUAUGCACAAUUGGCACUUACUAAACGCCCUCUGAGAAAUCGAACAAAAGGAGCAAUCGUUGAUGCAAAAUAUUAUAUAACAUAGAGACUUAUAAGAUUUCAGUUUCUGUUAAUAUGUAAGUUCUCGUACAAUUUACCUGUAACACUUUAAGCCCUUAAAAGGGAAAUCGAGUUAACAAAAGAUUAGAUAUUAGUUAAAUGACAAAGAUAGACGAUAGUUAAAUGUGAUUAUAACUACCUGAGUUAAUGUUACGCUAUUGUGAUAAAUAUAAUGGUUUAUUUUAAAAUACGAAUAGGUUGCUAAAUCAAUCCCUUAGACAAAAGGACAGUUUGAUUAGUGUAUCAAUUAUUGUUUCUUAAGUCUGAAUAUAAAAUGUUGAAAUAUAAACAAUGAGACUUUUAAUUUGUCAAGAGAUUGGAUAAAGUUUCAAUAUUUUUCUUUUCACAUACUCAGACAGCAAGGGAACAUCUAAAAGCCUACGAUAUCUUAUUUAGUAAAGUUCAAUGAAUAGUAAGGGAAGCAGGAUAAACAACAACAACUUAUUUACAUAUAGUGCUAACUCAGGUAGUUGGGCGAGGUGCAGUGUUAAACUCAUAUGCGUAACCAACAUUUUUCUCUUAGUAUUCUCUCUCAUAUUAGUUUUCGGUUAGUUGUGCUGUGUACUUAGAAUAAUUACUUAAUUGCCUAUUAAUGAAAAAAAAGAAAAAAUGAAGACCUCAUUUUUUGAAUCUCAAAAGAAAAUCAGUCCGCUAGUUAUAAUGAUGGAAAUGAUAAUUUUAUAUUUAACUAAAUCUUGGGUGAUUUCCAACCAGACACAAAGCCAUUCGUUACGGAACGAAAAAUACGUAAUAAUUUAGUAAUUUCAACACAAGUAGACAAAACAUCGGUCACGCUAGCUUCUAAUAACUGUAACGUAAAAAGUGAAAACGAAUAUUUACAUAAAAACAAUAAUGUGUAUAAUUCAUACUUAAAUGUGACGUUUUAGCCAGAUUUAUGGAUCGUUAAAUUCGUUUUUGCAGCAACGUUACCGAUGUUAUUGUCAUUUUUAAUAAAAUUUAAGCCACACACACUAAUUUGAAAAUCUCGAAAGUUAUGGCGAUAAACGUUAUAAAUAUUGAGAUAAUUUGAAAAAAAAAAAACAUUUUUGAUAUCUUGAUAACAAAAUUUAUUACUUUAAAUCUAGUAGAAAAACACACAGUGGCUGGUGUAAAUUCGACCUAAUAGUGGCAUUAAUUAUAAAAAACUGGACGUGAGAUUAAGUUCUCCGUAUAUUUGCAACACCAAUAAAGUUUCAUUAUGUUUUUUUAUAUAUAAACAUGGAUGACACCGUAUUGUUUUCAUUUAGUCACGUCCAUGACAAUGGGCGGCACAUUUCUUAUCAUUUUCAAUGAAAGGAUUUGUUUGAAGUUUAAUAAUAAACCUUUUUGAGAUAAUGCAAAUGAAAAUAUUUUCAACAAGUCAUCAUAUUUUGUUUCGUUUGAAUAUUCAAUAUUCACCUUUUCAUAUUUAAAAACGUAUUUGUAUUAAUACAAUUUAAAUUAUAUUAAAAUGUUAUAUUUCACUACAGUGUUAAUUGAGCUAUCAAAUUCAUGCAUAUUCAUAAAUAUUUUAUUUACUGUAUUUGGUGGUGCCACCAAAAUGUGUUUUAAUUAGAAACAAUUUAAAUCUAUUGCUCUCGCACUUUUAUUAUAUGAAAUAAAAGAUGAAACCACACACAUUAAACACUGCCUAAUUUAAAACACCGUUUUGUAACUUAAACAGAUAAUAAUUAUACUUUUUAAAGUAUUAACUUAAUAAUACUCAUUUAAAAUUGAAACAAACGUGUGCUAUAAAUAUCGAUGUAACAGAUAAUUAAAAAGAAAAAGGAAUAAUGUUAUUUAUUAUCCAGAUGCUUAAAAAAGUAAUUAAAAGCUGCAUAAUAUUUACGACCAAUAAAUUAAUUCUAAGAUAUAACCUAAAGCACAGAUGCAAGUUUUCGGAUUAACAUAAAUUAGUUAAUGAAAAAGAGGCUUUGUGUCUGUUGGAAAUCCUAUUUAAUUGAUAAUUUGUAAGGAUAAUGUGAAUUUUGUUUGAUGUAACGAUGGUGUAGUUAUUAAAAAAAUGGCCAAAUCGUUUCAGUAUCGCAAGGCAUGUUUGGAAAAUCCUCGAAAUUGUGCCUGAUUUUAUCAUUUCCCGCGAAGGCUUUACGUCCCGGGAAGCGUGCGAAUCAGAUUUCAAGGAGUCACUUGAAAUUUGAAAGAUUCCCAAUAAUACAAAAGGUAAAGCCUACGCGGGGACUGGGUAAAACUGAUUUCUUUGCUCAGUGGAGGUUGUAACGUAAUUUUAAAAUGUCUCUCUCGAAAUUUAGGGACCUUUGUUUGAUGACUUGUACCUACUCGUAUUACAUUAUUAUUUAUUAUUGUACCUAAUUGUAUCAUUACGUUUCGUUCCUUUACUCGUCCAUAGGUGAGCAGUAAUCCAUUACAAAUGAUAACAAUGGUUACUAUUAUCGGCAUUAAAUUUUCUCUCAAUAGGAUGUUUUUAUCGUAAGCUUUGUAGUGUUCAUUAAAUCUAUUUUUGUUACCUUCGGUUAAAUCUUAUUCUAAAAAUGACAAUCAAGUUACACAGUAACAUUUUCUUAGUAAAUAAUAAAAUGCAUAAUGUCGAUUUUGUAGGUAUAAUGUAGAACUUACCUUUAUUUUUAACUUAUUAAAAUAUUUACAAUACAGGUUUUUAUAACUAGAACAACUACGAUGUAAUAAUUUUCGAGAUAAAAAUAAAAAACGUCACAUUAUUCACAAAGUUAUAAAAAUCAAUACCUACUCAAAAAAUAUCCUUCAAUGAAUAUUAAGAGCAUUAUUUAAGUAAGUACCAUUUUAAUGAAGAUAAUUUAGUCAUGUGAAACAAAAAACGAUGCGUCAGCUAAGAGAAAACCAUUAAAAUAAUUAAUCAAUCACUGUCCGAAAAUCUAAAUAGAAAAUACCUCUGAAGGUCAGGCCGAUUCUUUCUUAGAAUUUAAUUAGAAACACAAUAGACCGAUUGAAAUUGUCUAUACAAAUUCGAUUUAGCACUCCGAAAACUAUGCGUUUUGGUUAAUUACAAUGUAAUUUUUAAAAUAGUAUUUGUAAUUACUGUUUUUAAAGAAUCGAUCGAUUAAUAUUGCAAAAGUCCAUUAAUUUCUUGAUCGUUAGUAACAUUACGGUCACAUUUAAAUUUUAUAAGUUUACGGUUUUUUUGUACCUAAAUCAAAUAUUUAUUGGCAUUAUUUUGAUUUCUGUAAAUUACAUACAAAUACAACAAAGAUAUAACAAAUCAUUUGAUAUAGAGUUGUCUGAUAAUAGAAGAUACAAAUAUAUUAAAUAAAACCCGAAUUUUACAAAAAAUAGCUAAGCGUGAAAAAUUUGGUGUUGAUUUCAACUCCGCUUCGGUUUUCUCGGAAUAAUCCUCCAGUGAAUUAUCAAAUAGUCCUAUAUCACGCUCGUCGUUAUAAAUAGAUAAAGCAAUUUACGUUGCUGUAAUUAAAUUACAUUUUUUAUAAUAUAAUCCAGCAUCGUCGUAACAGUUAAUUAGUAUGCAAAGCUGUGUGUUAAUGAGCAAAAAGUCAAUUUAUUUGUUAACGCCUUGUCUUUAUGUCCGGUAAUUCGGAGUUGUUUAAUGUUCAAAUCACGAAUUAAUGGUCCGCCUUGAUGAUUUUGCACUUUGGCUUUUAUUGUUUUACGAUUUUAGAAAGUUACAAUAACAAUUCAGCGGUUUUAAUAUUCAAUAUUCGUGUUUAUUACUGUAUAAAUUUUUGUAGCCCCACUAUAAUUCUAGAACUGCACUUACUAUUAAGAAUUCAGAUAUUCAUAUGAGAUUGGAGUCACUUACCAUGCCCAAGUAAUUAAAAUGUCUUUUUAUUUUACGAUAUUAGAAAUAGAUACAGAUUUAAUUAGUCUUGUCAUUUGACACAUUAGCAGACUUUUUGAAUUAAAUAAAAUGAACAGGGCAUUUUUAUUUCAAUAUAAGUUAAUAGAUUCAAUUUAAAUGCAGCCUUGUCAAAUUAAUGGACGUCUGACUGACGUAAUCUUGAGAAGGAGCAACCAUUGAACUGAUAUUAAUUAUUUUAAUUGUAUUAAAACAAACUAGCAAAUAAUCAGAUACAUCGUUUUCUUGUUGUAAUCCUUGUUUAACGAUAAUGUAUUCAAUAAAAAAAUUGAAAUGCUGUCCCAUUAUUUUUGGACCGGGUUCAUUAGAUUAUGUUAAUUAUAGAAUUUUAGAAUUUUAUAAACAGUGAUUAAUGAUUUUUGAUGAAUCUAUUGACAAGCUGACGACGUAGAGGCUCUUAAUGGAUCUUUAUUAUAUGCGAUGGAUUACUGCUCUUCAAAAAAAGUUAUUAAAAAUAAAGAGGUUCUAUAACGUAGAGGAAUACGUCGGUGCUAAAUGAAAGACUAUCGCAAAAAAAUCGUAUUGUUUAAACACUUUUGAAAUAUUUAAUAUUUAUUAAAAAGUACUUAAAGUUUAUUUCUCCUGGAUGAUGUUGAUUUUUAAUUUAAUUACGCUUUUUAUGUACUUAAGUUUAAUUUCUUUUAAAUUAUAGUGAAUAUUGCGAAAUGCUUCAGCUACCUCUUAUAAAUUUCUAAAACUAUUUUUAUAUUUAUAAACUUAACUUAGAAUUAAAAUGAAAAACACUCAACGCCUUGCGAUACUGAAACGGUCAUGGAUGCUUUCCUAAAAAAAUAAUAUUCAGAAUCCUCAAUUUUCCUAAAACAAUUGUUGGUUAUUACAAAAAAAAAAACGAUUUAAAAUAAUCUUAAUAGCACGUAGGUUACGGUUAACAUCCAUUUAGUAUAUGAAACUUAUAUUUUUGCAGCUACAUUAUUAUUAAUGCUGUAACAAUGAGCGGCCAUAUAUUAUUUCAGGGUUCUUUAUUUUGGAAUGAAAUCCGUAAACGGGUGGAGACAUGUAAAACACUCUAAUAUAACAAGUAUUGCCUCAACAUAACAAUUAAUGCGUUGUGUGAAUUGAGUUUUUAUUGUUAUUCAAUGAAAUUGUAAUAUGUAUGUUUUAAAUGCAAAAAUAUCGUACAUGUAAACUAGAAAUGUUUUCUUUCAAAUACCGUUUUGGUGCAGUAAAUUAAAAUACUUAAAGAGUAAAAAUUUAAGUUUGAAAAAAAAAAACAAAAGUUUGGCUUGAAAUUUUAAUAUCUGGUUUUUUAACUUCAAUAAUAUAUGUAAUAAACGUCAUAUUACUACUAGUAUAAUUAAAAUUAAAAAAAAAAAUAAGGAGAAUAAUAGACUUGGCUGCAACCAGUAAGUUGUAGCCAAGCCCAUUUUUCUCCUUUACUCUCCAACUGCGUAUCUCUGCGCCAGUACAAAGCAUUUGUAGAGAGAAUUAAGCCUCUCCAACCAAAACCGAGGUAUUUAAGUUUAUAUUGGCGUUGUAUUAUUUUUUGACUUACUAUUACUGUCCAAUGAAGCUUUUCAUAUUUUAAAAUAUAUAGUCACAUUAAAAACUAACAAUGAAUCUCGAGCAUGGUGCACAGACAAAACUUAAUUAAAUCAAACGGUAUUUAAAAGUUAGAAGACAUUUCAGUUCGAAUGGACACUCAAAUAAUAUUACAUAAAUGUGUUUUGUGAUGUCAUAAUUAAUAAUUGUAUUAAGUUUUACAUCACAGGCUACAGUUAUUAAUGAUAAGAAUAAAAAAUGUCAGAGAGUCUAAUUCUCUCUGACAUUUUUAUCAGUGCCCGUGACGUAAGUUUUUGAGUAGAUAUCCAAACGUCAUAUCGACAUUUGUAUAAAUAUAAUUAUAAACGUCGAUAUGUGACUACUGCAUAUAGUUUUUUCAGAACAUGCGUCAUAUUUAUCACAGUUUCUUGACUGUUUGUUUUAUUAUUUGAAGCCAGCUAUUGACUGCAAUCUCGGUGUAAUCAAAAAUGGAAAAUUUAUGCUAUCCAACAUUUGACCAUUUUCUACAGGACAUAUAUUAUUAUCGGAAAGUAAAAUCGCUUGGCAGUACCGCAGUCAAUAAGGUGGUAACCGGAUAAUGCUAAAACUGUAACCACUACUACCUUUCUACCUACAAAAACGUACCGUCAAGCUGUUGCUUAGAACCUAGCAGGCAUUUUGUUGACACUGUAGCUAUUCCAAGUUAGCUUACUGACACUUGAAGUAUUAUAAUUAACCAUAACAUCAGUAAGAUCGCAGUCAAGCGCUACCUAAUAGAUGAAAAAACAAAAAUCUAAAGCUUUCGUUUGGCCUUUAAAUGAAGCUAUUUUUUGUUUUUAUUUUAAAGAAGUUUCGACUAGUUUCUAUAAAACAGAACGCUAAUUUCUCAAAUUCCAGCUAUUUCUUUUUCACACUAUUCUAGCUGUGAAAAAGAACAGAUUAAGAGAUUUGUACUCGAUGUCACGUAAUUUUUUAUGAAUGUGCGACUUUCGAGUCCAACACGGUCAUAAGUCGGUACAAACUAAUUGAUCAAAAUAAAAUUAAGAUCACACAAGUUUCAUCACAUUAAUUUAUUUUAUUCACUAUGAAUAAUAUUACUUACCCUUAAUUUGCAUAACUGGCUUAUUGGUUCACUGCACUGCUUUUUAUUUUACGGAAUACUUAUUCUUAUGUACUUAAGAUGCACCUAUAUGGUGUACAUAUGUUAUGUUAAUUUGUACUUAUAGAUAUAGUAGGGAAGCCAAUAAUAAUAUUACAAUCUACUUUGGCACUAAUUGACUUUAGCGUCACACCUGAGUGCCGUGUCUAUAAUUAAAUAAUUACUUACGUCAUUUAUGUGUUGCCAAAAUGAACUUACAUUUUAUUCAUAUUCAAUAUUGUACAAAAUACUUCCAUAAGUACUUGCUUGAUGAACUUUUCAAUACGUUUUCUGGUAAAGACGUCAUUAUCAAAAUUUUCAAGUAGGCAAGAAGACAGCAGACUUUGAUUAAAUUUUUUCGGCAGUCUAAUGGUUGGGUUCAAUAGUCUUUUAUUAUAAUCUGUGAUCUAUGGCUACGUAUUUUAUCAAACUUAAUAACAUUUGUGAAAAAAGGGGAAACUGUGAAAGCUAAAACAUACCCUUAAACAAAUAAAUAGGAAAUCAAAUUUUUGUAGUAACAGGGGUUUGUGAUUAUUUGUAAUAAUUGUCCAAAAAAUUACAAAACUUCAACUUAACCUCUUAAAAUCAAGAAGUUAUUGUUACAAUAUUGAAUACCAUCCAUAAUAUUAUUAAUUUUUUUAAUUAAUUAAAAAUUUAAUUAAUUAAAAAUACAUAUCUACAGUGUACACCAAUAAUUGUGCAUAAUUUAGAUUUACUUUUUAUAUUAUUUAAGUAAGAAGUAGGUGAUGCCAGCAUAAUAAAAUGUUUUAAUUAUAUAACUUAUUAAUAAAUGAGGCAAAACUUGUUAUAUUAGCUGUCGAAUACUGUAUAACAAUUUUUAGUUCAAUUAAUUGGACAUCAAUAUGUAAUAAUGAUGAUUUAUGUUUUAAUUUUUUUAUAUUGAUUAAAUUGUAUUUAUUGUAAAUUUUGGUUUAAUAUUUUUGUAUAAAAAUCAAAUACUAUUAUUAAUUAUUAUAAUUGUGUAAAAAAUUUCUAAAAUGAUUUGUGUAUAGAAAGAUAUGUCUCUACCCUGACUAAAUUAAGGGGAGAUUGGAAACAAAAAUUGUUAUUGAUUUUUGGGGUAAGAUUGGUUUGUAAAAUAGACACGGGGGGUUAUGAGGAGGGAUGAAAAAAGUAAAUAAUUGUACCUACUAAGUAAUUCGGUAAGAAUGUAAAUAUGUUGUUAUUAAGAGUAGACCCUGUAGGUAUUUAUUUUUACGAUUUCGGGCCUUUGUUGAAAUCCAAAGUUUUUAAUUUAUUUUUCGACCAAUAAAUGUUGGAGAGAACUGUC